UGGCGGCAGUGGUGGAGGUGGAGGUUGGAGGAGGUCCUGCCGGGGAACGGGAGCUAGAUGAGAUUCCAAAGUACUUGUUUCCCCUCAGUUUGAAGACCUAAACUGCAGACUUAUCUAAACAAGUUGAUAUGUCAGACCUCUCCCCAGAGGAGCAGUGGAGGGUUGAGCACGCACGCAUGCAUGCCAAGCACCGCGGCCAUGAAGCCAUGCAUGCUGAAAUGGUCCUCAUCCUCAUCGCUACUUUGGUGGUGGCCCAGCUGCUCCUGGUGCAGUGGAAACAAAGGCACCCCCGCUCCUACAAUAUGGUGACCCUCUUUCAGAUGUGGGUUGUUCCCCUCUAUUUCACAGUGAAGCUGCAUUGGUGGAGGUUCCUAGUGAUCUGGAUCUUGUUCUCUGCUGUCACAGCUUUUGUCACCUUCCGAGCCACCCGAAAACCACUAGUACAGACAACCCCAAGGUUGGUUUAUAAGUGGUUCCUGUUGAUCUAUAAAAUCAGCUAUGCCACUGGCAUUGUUGGCUACAUGGCUGUCAUGUUUACCCUCUUUGGUCUCAAUUUAUUAUUCAAGAUCAAACCAGAAGACGCCAUGGACUUUGGCAUUUCUCUCCUCUUCUAUGGCCUCUAUUAUGGAGUUCUUGAGCGAGACUUUGCAGAAAUGUGUGCAGACUACAUGGCAUCUACCAUAGGGUUCUACAGCGAGUCGGGCAUGCCUACCAAACACCUCUCGGACAGUGUGUGUGCUGUGUGUGGGCAGCAGAUCUUUGUGGAUGUCAGUGAAGAGGGCAUCAUCGAGAACACAUAUAGGCUGUCUUGCAAUCACGUAUUCCACGAGUUCUGCAUCCGUGGCUGGUGCAUCGUGGGAAAGAAGCAGACGUGUCCCUACUGCAAAGAGAAGGUAGACCUCAAGAGGAUGUUCAGCAACCCCUGGGAGAGGCCUCACGUCAUGUAUGGGCAACUGCUGGAUUGGCUUCGGUACUUGGUAGCCUGGCAGCCUGUCAUCAUUGGCCUGGUGCAAGGCAUCAACUACGUCCUGGGCCUGGAGUAGCCAGGAAGAAGAGCAUCCGCCCACUGCGGACCUCAGGGCACUCUCCUCCCUGCCCUCCAAGACCUCCUGGGUGGGAAGGACUCAAAAGGGGCCCUUGGGCCACUCAGGACCCCUCCGGCUGUGCCCGGGCUGGGGAGGGAGAUGAUGGAGAGCCAGCCGGUGGGGCUGUCAGCAGUGGGGGCUUUUUACAAGAAAACUAUUUUGAUGAAUAUAUUUAAAAACCUUUUUUAUUGUGAAGCAUAGGAAUUGCCCCAACUCCUCCGGGCCUCGCCCUCCUUGCUUGAGCACGGCAGGAGCAGAGCCACAUUUUUGGUUUAAAGGAGCCUUCUCAUCUCUGGCUGAGAGCCUCAGCCUCCACUCUCCCCCCCCGCCCCUGCCAGCCCUUCCUUCCCUCUGUGGGGCUCCAGCCUGCUUCAGUCCCGUGUGGGAGAGCUCAUGGGCUCUGCCUCCUACCACAGAUGCACACUGAGGGAGGGGAGGUGUCUUCCUUCCUCCCUGUCUGGGCCCCGCAGUCAGUGUUGUGCCCGACUCUGUCGUCCCUUGUCCAGGACCCAGAGACUGGUUUAGGCAAGUGGAACCUUGUCCUGACUUUUCCAGGGAGGGAAGCCCUGGGAUCUCACAGUUCACUGAGGAUCUGUUUGGGGGCAGCAGCUUGGGUAACCUGCCCCCAGCCAGGAACAGAGUCUGUCUGUGUGUAGUUGGGCCAUGAGGACUGUUAUUGGCUGCAGUGAUUGAAGGCGUCUUGUGCAAUCUGACCCUUUAGGCCGGAAGUGGUGACACGCGCCAAAAGCCACUCUGCCACAUCACUUCCUGGAAAGCGUGCGUGAGAGUGUGCGUGUGUGUGUUCAUGUGCCGCAGUAGAGCUAUGACAGGACUUCUCCCUGUCAUCAGUGUUCCCUUGAAGCCGCCAGGGGAUUCCCAGCCCAGGGAAUAUCCCUCUGUCAACUUCCACAUGUAUGGGUCCUGCCUGGGCCUGGCAGCAGGGGUGCCAGGUGGUGGGUGGGAAGAGAGGACGGCAAGGCCCAGGCAAGUGUGGGUUCUAAAAAGAGGUUCCAGGUAGGCCCCAGCCCUGGCCCUAGGAGUUUUGAAGGAAGUGGGAGGGCAAACAUGGGCCUCCAGCACUGGGUUCCUAGGGAAUGUGGCCCGGCUGGGCCUGCCCUUCAAGCACAGCAAGAGCCAAGCAGGAUCUUGUCACUCCAUUCUGAAUAAAGCUCCAUGAGCUGGGUUGGAAAGCUGAA